GAGAGACGCCUUCUCCACGCUGUCUCUUCCCCGGAUUCCCGUGUCUUAUAAGAGCCAAAAGGAGACCGGCUACUUCUUCUUUUUGAUUUUUUUGUGAAACUCCCCCUCCCCUUUUUCUUGCCGGACAUUCUUAACCUCCCCCAUUCUGUCCAUACUUCGAUUGACGUCAUCAUGUCCUCUGCCCAACAACGUCUCAGCCAGGUGGCUUCUCACUUCAGUCCCGGUGGCAAGAAAGGAGCCGCGGCUCUCACGGAAAAGCACCCCGAUGAUAUUGUCGUGACGUGUGCGCUGCGGACGGCCCUCACCAAGGGUGGGAAGGGCGGCUUCAAGGAUACCGCCGCCGCCGACCUGCUGGCCGGGGUGUUCAAGGCGGUGAUUGACCGCAGCAACAUCGACCCCAAGCUGGUUGAUGACAUCGCCGUGGGCUCGGUCCUGCCCCCCGGUGGCGGUGCCACCGAGUUCCGUGCGGCUGCGCUCGUCGCCGGGUUCCCCGAGUCGACCGCCGUUAAGAGCUUGAACCGUCAGUGCUCCAGUGGUCUGCAGGCCAUCGUUGACAUUGCCAACGCUCUGCGUUCCGGCAUGAUUGAUGUCGGUAUCGGUGCUGGUGUCGAGAGCAUGUCGUCUCAAUACGGCCCCGGCGCCGUGACCGAGUUCUCUGAGCUGCUGGAGAGUCACCCCGAAUCGGCCAACUGCAAGGUACCGAUGGGAGUGCUGUCGGAGCAGAUGGCCAAGGACCGGGGGAUCUCGCGGGCGGCGCAGGACGCGUUCGCGGCGUCCUCAUACCAAAAGGCCGUCAAGGCGCAGCAGGCGGGGCUCUUCAACGAGGAGAUCGUGCCGCUGCAGGUGAAGUGGACGGACCCCAAGACCAACGAGGAGAAGACGAUCACGGUCAAGGCGGACGACGGGAUCCGUGACGGCAUCACGGCGGAGUCGCUGGGCAAGAUCCGGCCGGCGUUCGCCAAGGACGGGUCCAUCCACGCCGGCAACGCCUCGCAGAUCUCCGACGGCGCCGCCGCCGUGCUGCUGAUGAAGCGGUCCACCGCCGAGCGCCUCGGCCAGAAGAUCCUCGGCAAGUACGUCGCCGGCAGCGUCGUCGGCGUCAAGCCGCUGCUCAUGGGCAUCGGCCCCUGGAAGGCCAUCCCCGUCGCCCUCGAGAAGGCCGGCAUCACCAAGGACGACGUCGACAUCUACGAGAUCAACGAGGCCUUCGCUUCGCAGUGCGUCUGGUGCGUCAAUGAGCUGGGCCUGCCCCAGGAGAAGAUCAACCCCAAGGGCGGCGCCAUCGCUUUCGGUCACCCCCUCGGCUGCACCGGCUCCCGACAGGUCAGCACCCUCCUGACCGAGCUGAAGCGCACCAACAAGAAGAUCGGUGUCACCAGUAUGUGUGUCGGCACGGGUAUGGGUAUGGCUGCCGUCUGGGUAGCUGAGUAGAGGGAGAAAACGCGGGAAAAUCUAGAAUGAGCUGGCUUCAUAGGAACGUCUUUUCUCUCUCUUUUGCCUUUUGUCAUAAGUAAAUAAAUAGCGAGUUUUCUCUGUGCUUUGUGCUUUGUGCUUUGACCAUUGUCUUUUCUGGAUAACAGGGCUGCGUU